AGGGAGUGCUCGGCGCGGCAGCGGCGGAGGGGCCGGCGGAGUGGGUGCCGGCCCCGCAAGCAGCCAGCAACACAGGAUGGUGCUGGCGAUGGUGCUGUGGGCCUGCCUGGUGCUGGGCAUGGCUGUCGGGGAGAGCCCGGCACCAGAGCCCCUGGUGGGCGGGCAUCCCUUCGCCGUGGUGUGGAACAUCCCCACCAGCCGCUGCCAGAACCGCUUCGGCCUGGGGCUGCCCCUUGGCGACUAUGGCAUUGUGGAGAACCGGGAUGGCCACUUCACCGGCCAGAACAUCACCAUCUUCUACAAGAACAAGUUUGGGCUGUACCCCUACUUGUCCCAGCAGGGUGUCCCCCACAAUGGAGGCAUCCCCCAGCGGGUCCCCCUCGGCGCCCACCUCACUAGGGCAGCUGAGGACAUUCGCCGCAUCCUGCGCCCUGCUUUCCGUGGCCUGGCCGUGGUGGACUGGGAGGAGUGGAGGCCUCUCUGGGCCCAAAACUGGGGGGCCAAGCGGAUCUACCGGGCGGCCUCAGAGCAAUGGGUGCAGGACCAGCACGGCCUCCUGCCAGCGCAGCAGCGGCUCCAGCUGGCCCGCUGGGAGUUUGAGCAGGCAGCGCAGGCUGUGAUGGAGGAGACACUUCUGCUGGGCCAGACCCUGUGUCCAGGGGGGCUCUGGGGUUUCUACCGCUUCCCUGACUGCCUCAACAGCAACUGGGCCAAGGAGGCCAACUACACCGGGCAGUGCCAGCCAGCAGAGGUGCAGCACAACAACCGCCUUGGCUGGCUCUGGGCCACCUCAGCUGCCCUCUACCCCAGCAUCUACCUGCCACCAGCGCUGCCGUCUGCCCUGCGCCACCGCUAUGUGCACCACCGGCUGCGCGAAGCCCUGCGCGUGGCCACCUUCAGGGCCAACAGCCCCCCGCCCGUGAUUGCCUACUCCCGCCUCUCCUUCCGCCGCUCACACAGAUUCCUGGAGCUGGCUGACCUGGUGCACACCAUCGGGGAGAGUGCAGCGCUGGGUGCAGCUGGACUCGUGCUCUGGGGAGACAUGUCGUACUCCCACUCGGCUGAAAGCUGUGCCAGCCUGCACCACUACCUCACAUCCACCCUGGGUCCCUACGUGGCCAAUGUGACAGCAGCAGCCCAGGAGUGCAGCUAUGUGCAGUGCCAUGGCCACGGGCGCUGCGUGCGCCGGCAGCCCCACGACCUGAGCAGCCUCCUGCACCUUGGCCCUAGUGCCAGCCCACCAGGCUCCUUCCGCUGCCACUGCUACCGUGGCUGGGCCGGCAAGGACUGUGCCCGGCGAGUCAAGCCCAGCCCUGUCUCCUCCUGCCUGGUGCCCACCCGUGCUCACAGCCUCUGCAGGCACAACAACCUCCCACCCUCUGACACCUGCCUACCACGGGACACAUGGGGCUGGUGACCAUGACCGGGGACCGUGGCAGUCCCCUACCCCAGCAGCACUGCUGUCUGGCACUUUCUAUAGUCCCAUUAACUUAAAUAAAUCCUCGUGACACAG